CGGGAACGGGAGCAGGGCAGCGCCACGGCGAGGAUAUAUAGCCCGGGGGCGGUGCCGGCUCCGUGCGGCUCGGCCCCGCCGGGGGCGGCUCCGGCACCGGCUCCGCACCGGCAUGGAGGGGCGCGACCCCGGCCCGGCAACCCCCUCCUCUGAACAAUGAAGAUCUUAGACCCCGGCUAACCCUGAGACGCGCAAAUCCUUCCUCGCUCUUCUGAAGCAGAUGCUGAAGUUCUUUGGAAGAAUAUUCGCCAUUCGCACACGGUGCCUGCCCGAGAGCAGCCAAAGCUCCCGACGAUCUUGUGCCUGAGCUGAGCCAUGCUGGGCCGGAAAACAGGACAUCCCCGCGACGUGAACAGGCACCGGCAGCUGCAGCAGCCCUGCCAGGAGGCCGUGCCGCUGCGGGGCCGGGCGGCCAAGGAGGCCGAUGUCAGUCUGGAGGUGUUCAGCGGCUCCACGCCCGAGAUCAAGCAGAGCCGCAGCAGAGCCCAGCAGAUGCGGGACAGGAAAGGUCGCAAAGCUGAGCUCAAAGACUCCAACGGGAGAGAGGCGGAAACAAUUACUUUUAUUUCUGGUACAGCGGAGGCUCCCCCAAACCAGAGCUUCUGCUGUUCCUCUCUGGCUCAGGCCUGGAACACGUACAAGGCUGUUUUCUGUUGUAUAGUGACCUGUGGGGGCUGCUUUCAGGACUGCAGUGUCUGUAUCCCCUACCCAGGACCCACCGAGACCUCCACCGAUGAUGGAAAGAACGGAGAUUAUAACGGGCGACUGCCCAACAGCCCCGCCAACGUGUCUCCUGCUGAGAAGAAUGGGAACCAGAUCAAAAAGUCCAGCAUGGGCAGCAGUUUCAGUUACCCAGAUGUGAAACUAAAGGGCAUUCCCGUCUAUCAGAACAGGAGCCCCAGCCACCACCUGGAAUCGGAUUCCUGCUGCAAAGAGCUGCUGCCAGAGAAGCCCUUCAGGAACAGCAUAGAAAAGCCGCCGCUCCCCAGCAGCCACCGGAGUUCCGAGGAAUAUUAUUCCUUCCACGAGUCAGAUCUGGACAUCAGCGAGCUGAACGGCUCCAUGUCCAGCAGGGAGAUCGACGUCCUGAUCUUCAAGAAACUAACGGAGCUUUUCAGCGUCCACCAGAUCGACGAGCUGGCCAAGUGCACAUCAGACACUGUCUUCCUGGAGAAGACCAACAAGAUCUCGGACCUCAUCAAUAGCAUAACUCAGGACUACAACCUGGACGAGCAGGAUGCGGAAUGUAGGCUGGUCCGCGGCAUCAUACGCAUCAGCACCCGGAAAAGCAGAGUUCGGCCUCACAUUUCUGUCCCCAGCCAGAGCCACGAGGAGAAGUCCAGCAGAGGCAACGCGCCGGACAGCGGGAACGAAACGAUGCUGGAGUCCAUGGUCAUCAGCCAGGACGAUUUGGCUGUGCAAAUAUCGGAAGAAACACCAGCAGAUGUGCUGGCCAGGAACAUGAGGCGACACAGCAGCGCAGGCUCUCCAACAAGCAGAGAUUCCUCUUUCCAGGACACAGAGACUGACUCGUCCGGGGCGCCUCUGCUUCAGGUGUAUUGUUGAGGAGAAGGACCCCAGCAGCCGGCAGGCGUUUCGAGCCUUUGCCGCAAUCACAUUUCUCCUCUUUCAAUAUGGAGCAUCCUAUGCCUCUUUUGUUGUUUUUUUUUCCCCCUAGUCUACCUUGAUCUUUUGUUGAAGCCAAAUUUCUCCUGCUACCCGAAUUUCAAUGGAUUUUUUUCUUUUGGAAAAUAUAGAACAUCAAGGAAGUUGAACUGUGGAGCUAAUGGACUUGGGAGGUGGAAUGUGUGCCCAGGGAGGAGAAGAUGGACAAGGAAGUAUCUGUUAGCUUGUGCCUUUAUGAUUUCAAUACUUCAUGUUUAGUUUCAACAACAUCAGCCCUUUCCCUUUGAGGGUCUGUUGUACAGUUCUUGCUUUCUGGCAUCGCAGAAGUUAACUCGGGCAGAGAAUAACCAGAUGGUGUCUCUGUGUUUGUGCCCAUGCUGAGGUGAAGGCCAAACACCUGCUUUUUAGGGACUCAAAUCCAUUUCAGGUGGCUGGGUCGGUCCCAAAAAUGUCAAGUUUCCUAUCUGUGGUGUUUGCAGUAGCCAGAUCUGCCUCCUUAGCGGUGUGGUCUCCUCCUGCCUUGUAAGAAGAAGGUUCAGGUAAUGGGGUUUGUUUAACUUUUGGCUCUUGGCACAUCUUCCCCAGUCGCAGGGGGUGGGAUGCUGGGACAGCUGCCCCCUUGUCACCUCCCGAGCGGGCCACGGGGUGGGUUCUGCAGUGGCUGCCUGUGCGACCUGUCACCGAUCCCACGCGUUGACCGCGACUCCUGUGGCAUCGGCUCCUCCUCGGCUGCCGAGCCCCCGCGUUUCCCCGUCACGCCGACUGCCGGGACGAGCCCUCAACCCGGCUUGUGGCAGAAGGAAAACGGUUCAUUUUUAGCUUUUUGUAAUGAAGCAGCAAGCUGUUUGACUAUUCUGCUAGAAACUCCCUUAGAAGGGGCUUAUUUCGAAAGAAAAGCCUCUCCAGAGGGUCCUUCUCCUUCCCUUUGCUCCCCCAGCAGCCGGUGAGGAGCAGAAGCGCAAUCGCUGCCCUGGUGGCCUUGGGGGGCCACGCUGCAUCCUACCGGUUGUUUAUCAGAAAGUAAAUACGUGAAGCCACAGGACUUGUUUAUACAUCCGGCUGCCCUUGGACAUGAAUAGAAAACAUUUAGUUGAAUUUACCAGCCAUAGAAUAAACACACCCGCUGUUUUUCAGGGAGAGGGAAAGCAAAACAGGCCCUAUGCUUUGGUGUGGACUGUGUUUUUUGGGCCUUAAUUCAACUGAAAUGUGCCUUAAUUCAUCUAAAAUGUGCCCUAAUUGGACCGAAAUGUGCCUUUAUUUCAUAGCCUGUGAUUACUCUUCAAACAGUUGGGUCGGGGGGAAGGAUUUAAUUCCUCGCACCAGCAAUCAGGCUUAUUUAACCAGCCAAACCCCUUUGAAAUGUCCCCGUUUUUGUGAACCGCUUGCGUUUCACAGAAUGAUUUAAUAAAUCAUGGACAUUACUGAGACCACACCUCGAGACGCUGACGGAGAGAGAUCUUUGAAAAGCAAGGGGAGAGACUGAGGCUGGGAUUUGGCUUCCCCUCCCUGCUUUGGUUUGCCAAAAACCCCGUUUAUUCAAGGGAAAGACUUGAAGCAAGGAGUCCCCGUGGAGCUGCGUGUGGUCGCCUCCUCCCGAACGCCGCACGUACCGCCGGACCCGUUCGCUUUCCUGCUUCUGAAUGGAUUUGGACAAGUUUCCCGAAACCCGUGCACUGAGGUCGCGCUGACACGGAGCCCUGCGCUCCGGAGCUUUGGAGACACGAGGGGAUCGCCGAGAGCUGCCGAUCGCUAGUCCACAUGCAAUAGGACAUUUUUUACAUUUAGUUUGUGUACGAAAGUGAAUGUGUAUGGAUUAAGCUUUCAGAAAACCCCCCCCAAAAGACAACCCCCCCAAAAAAAACUCACUUAAGAGGAAGACUGUCAACUCGACGGUCCCUGGAGCUGGUGUCUUGUGGGAUUCUUUUGCACUCCUUGCCCUUAAAUGUCUGAUUCGGCCUUUUUGUUUUUAUAAAGCAAAAGAUGUGCUCUUUA